AUUCAGCUGACAAUAUAAAGGGAACUGUCAUGCGCAUUUUACAUAUUAAUCAACAGAUUGUGUGUGUUGUGAAAACUUUCAUCGUUGGAUUAUUAAAUAAAUUAACAAAAUAAAUGAUUAGAGUGAAUUAAGUCAGCGUUUGACUUUGAACAAAAUUAAUCGAUAGUGUCACAGUGAACGGGAGAGAGAAAGAAAGAGAAGUUGAGUGUGACCCAAGUGACUCAUAUAAAUAACAUAAACAAAAUGGGCAACAAAGUAGUGAAGCAGCAUUUUGAAACGGCACAAAAAACGGGCGUUUUGAAGAUAUCACAGCAACGUUUAACGGAAUUUCCACCACACAUGAGAGGUUUUCCGAACUGUUUGCGAACAUUAGAUUUGUCCGAAAAUCGCUUUGUCACGCUACCUGAUGACAUUGGCCGUUUUACGUUGCUCAAACAUUUGAACCUUAGUGAAAAUCGUCUCACCGAAUUACCUAUUACCAUUGGACAAUUAAUCAAAUUGGAAACAUUUAACGCAAUGAGCAAUAUGCUGGUAAGCAUUCCACAAGAACUGAUUAAUCUAAAACAUCUAAAGCAAGUGCAUCUAAACAACAAUCAAUUAACACAAUUCCCAACCAUGUUUGGUGGAAUGAAAAAUCUGGACGUUUUGGAUUUAUCACGGAAUAAAAUCGCGUCAAUACCACCUGAAGUAAAAAAUUUGGCCGUAACCGAAUUGAAUUGCAAUCAAAAUCAAAUUGCAACAUUGGCACCGGAAAUUGCCGAAUGUCCACGAUUGAAAACAUUACGAUUGGAAGAAAAUUGUUUGCCCAUCACCGAAAUUCAUUCGGCCAUUUUGAAAGAAUCGCAAGUGUCCAAUCUAUAUUUGGACGGUAAUUUAUUCCCAUCGAAAAAAUUCAACGAACUCGAUGGCUAUGAGGAGUACAUGGAACGAUACACAGCUGUGCGGAAAAAAAUAUUUUAAUACCUAUUCGAUUGAAGAUGAAUGAAUUUUUUUGAAUUUAAUUUUCUUUUAUUAUUAUUAUUAUCAAGCACCAAUUUACUCACGCGUUUUUAUGUAAUUCAAUACGUUCAUUAUCUAAUUAAAUUAUUUUAAAAACAAAGUAAAAUCAAUGAUACAGAUAAAAA